AGGGCGGGGCCGAGGGGCGGGGCGCUGCAGCCCAGAGCCUCCCGCCCGCCGGGGCUGGGGUCGCACCGGCUGGUGUCCCCUCGUUGCCCCCGUAGCCAUGGACGACGGGCGCAAGGUCGGAGCCUACGGCACACCACAGAAGUAUGAUCCUACCUUCAAAGGACCCAUCUAUAACAGGGGCUGCACGGAUGUGAUCUGUUGCGUGUUUCUCCUCCUCGCCAUCGUGGGUUAUGUGGCGGUGGGCGUCAUUGCCUGGACCCACGGGGACCCCCGGAAGGUGAUCUACCCCACGGACAGCCGCGGGGAGUUCUGCGGGCAGAAAGGCACAAAGAACGCGAACAAACCCUUCUUGUUCUAUUUCAACAUCGUCAAGUGCGCCAGCCCUCUAGUCCUGCUGGAAUUCCAGUGUCCCACCCCCCAGAUCUGUGUGGAAAAAUGCCCCGAUCGGUACUUAACUUUGCUGAGUGCCUCCCAGUCCACUUCGGAUUUCGACUACUAUAAGCAGUUUUGUGUGCCAGGCUUUCAGACCAAGAACGUACUUGAAAUACUCCGGGAUGGGAUAUGCCCAGCCGUGCUCACCCCCAGCAAGCCAUUGGCCCGUCGCUGCUUCCCCGACAUCCGUGCCCACAAGGGCAUCCUGAUGGUGGGGAACGAGACCACCUAUGAAGACGGCCUAGGUGCCCGCAAGAACGUCUCUGAGCUGGUGGAGGGUGCCAAGAAAGCCAAUGGUCUGUUGGAAGCCCGGCAGCUGGCCAUGAGGAUUUUUGAAGAUUACACCGUCUCGUGGUAUUGGAUCAUCAUAGGUCUGGUCAUUGCCAUGCUGCUGAGUCUUAUGUUCAUUGUCCUUCUGCGAUUCCUGGCUGGUAUUAUGGUCUGGGUGAUGAUCGUCAUGGUGAUCCUGGUGCUGGGCUAUGGCAUCUUCCAUUGCUACUUGGAGUACUCGCGCCUCCGCGGGGAGGCGGGUUCGGACAUCUCCCUGGUAGACCUGGGCUUCCAGACGGAUCUCCGCGUCUACCUGCACCUGCGCCAGACCUGGCUGGCUUUCAUGAUCAUCUUGAGUGUGAUAGAGGUGAUCAUCAUUCUGCUCCUCAUCUUUCUCCGGAAGAGGAUUCUUAUUGCCAUCGCCCUCAUCAGAGAAGCCAGCAAAGCUGUCGGCUACGUGAUGUGCUCCGUGCUGUACCCACUGGUCACCUUCUUCCUCUUGUGCCUUUGCAUUGCUUACUGGGCAAGCACUGCUGUCUUCCUGUCCACUUCCAACGUGGCCAUUUACAAGAUCUUCAGCGACUUACCCUGCCCCGAGAUCGGGAAGACCUGUAACCCCGAGACCUUCCCCUCUUCCAACGAAUCCCGCCUGUGCCCCGCCGCCCACUGCCAGUUCGCCUUCUACGGCGGCGAAUCGAACUACCACCGGGCCCUGCUGGGGCUCCAGAUCUUCAACGCCUUCAUGUUCUUCUGGUUGGCCAACUUCGUCCUGGCGCUGGGCCAGGUCACCCUGGCCGGGGCCUUCGCCUCCUACUACUGGGCCUUCGACAAGCCGGAUGACCUCCCCGCCUUCCCGCUCUUCUCUGCCUUCGGGCGGGCACUCAGGUACCACACGGGCUCUCUGGCCUUCGGCGCCCUCAUCCUCGCCAUCAUCCAGAUCAUCCGAGUGAUGCUCGAGUACCUGGACCAGCGCCUAAAAGCUUCGGGGAACAAGUUUGCCAAGUUCCUCAUGACCUGUCUCAAAUGCUGCUUCUGGUGCUUAGAGAAGUUUAUCAAGUUUCUCAACAGGAACGCCUACAUCAUGAUCGCCGUCUAUGGAACAAACUUCUGUACCUCGGCCAGGAACGCCUUCUUCCUUCUCAUGAGAAAUAUCAUCAGGGUGGCUGUUCUCGAUAAGGUCACUGACUUCCUCUUCCUGCUGGGCAAACUCUUGAUCGUGGGCAGCGUGGGGAUCCUGGCUUUCUUCUUCUUCACCCACCGGAUCAAAAUUGUGCAAGACCCAGCGCCAUCUCUCAACUAUUACUGGGUCCCUAUACUGACAGUGAUUGUCGGCGCCUACCUGAUAGCCCACGGCUUCUUCAGUGUGUACGGCAUGUGUGUGGACACCUUAUUCCUCUGCUUCUGUGAGGACCUGGAGAGGAAUGAUGGUUCUCGGGAACGGCCGUACUUCAUGUCCCCCGAGCUGAGUGACAUUCUCUUGAAGGGAAAUUCGAAGGAGGGGAAGGAGGCAGAAGCGGAGGAGUAGCAGGACAGAAGGGAGGAUGGGGGGGUGUUUGGGGGAGGGUGGGCUGUGUGUCCUCCCCUGUAGUGGGAUGCAUGUUGUCAGACUUCCUCGCCUGCCGGUGUGGUGUGGGGAGCGCGGGUCUGGCCCCUGUGUCUCUCGCUUUCCUAACCCUCCUAACCCUAAGACUCCUCUGUGUACCCCCACCCCCAUUUGAAGGGGGAGCUUCCCUCACACACACACACACACACACACACACACCCCACUCUGGGAAAUCUCUCCGCAGUGGAGGACUUGGAGCGGAAUGACGGCUCAGCCGAGCGGCCCUAUUUCAUGUCUUCCAAUCUCAAAAAACUUCUCAACAAAAGCAACAAGAAGCCAGCGGCAUCAUAAGCGGCCCCCCACACUUCUUCCUCGGUACCCCCGAAAGUCUCUGGCGUUUCCCAGCUGCAUCGGAGGAGUUGUCUAAGGUCUCAUCACUGCCGAUUCCUCUCCCACUCCCCUGCAGUAGUUUCUGGACACCUGAUGAUCUUUUUUUUUCUUUUUUUUUUUUUGGGAGGGGUGGUUGUCUCUUGGUGCCAAGAGCCCAGCAGUUACUUACUUCCCACCCCCCAAAGACUGGCAUCAGUCCAGGGAUUCCUGUCCUCACUGACCCAGGGGGAGGACACACCCCCCUUUUGGCCUCUUGGGGUGUCUGCCAGGUGUUGGGGUUCAGUCUCUUGUCUGGAAGAAGCUUCCGGCCGGCUGCCUCCUCCAGGGAGGAAGUGGGGGCCCUAUUAAAUUCGGAGGAGGGGGUAGUUGCCAAAUCUUUUUGCUCCUGCCUGUGCCCUGGUCAGCCUCAACAUUUCUGUGGCUGGGUCAACUGAUUUCCUGGGCAUUACCUUUCCUUCUAGAUUCUUCUUAAUAUAUGAUAUAUAUUUUUUAAAUCUUGUAUUAAAGCCCCCCCCCCUUUUUUUCUGUUUGAACAGGAGUGCCUUCCCUUUGUCCCCCUUCCCCAGCUGGGUGUGGCUGGGAUGGUAAUAUGUCUGUCCUGUGAUUGAGGGGCGCCUGGGAAGAAAGGGGGAGGGUACUGGGAGGAGGGGCAGCCUGGAGCAGGCUGUGUAGACAGCAGACUUGGAUGGAAGAAAUGGGGAGAAAUGGACUCCGUGAGCCGCUUAAUGGAAACCGGCCGGCUGGGUAAAGAGAUUGAGCUGGCCACCCCCCCCCCCAUUUUCUGACACAGCCCUCUUUAUCAGAGCAAAGAAACCCCAUCUGCCCUAGAGACCUUACUUGAUGGGAAAGGGAGGGUUGGGGCCGGCUGUGUGUGUGUGUGUUUGUAAAGGGUGGAGUGGUUUCAGGUCCCCCAUCUCCUCUGCUUGAGGAUCCUUUUGCCAAACUUGAACUCAGGGGAACCCCCACCCGUCUCUGGGUUCCUCUCUAGGCCAUUUCCCAAGCCCUCCCUCCCCCAAAUGUGUCUGUGUACACACACACACCCCCAAGCGUGUAAUUUGCAUUCCAGCCACGAAUAUUAAAGUGCCUACAACACAA